GAAGACCUCGGUGUGGUUUGUUCAAAUAGCAGGCCAUCGCCAUCGACAAAGGGUAAAAGAAAAGGAGAACAAAUAAUUGUGUGCUUGCCAAUUGUAUUAUAAUACUCCCUCUCUUUUUCAUCUGCCUCCAGACUAACAGAGUCUUGGUUUCUUGGAUUUAAAUCAGAUUUACAAUAACCCAUUCACGGCACCAACAUGAAAGUCUCGCCACAGUCUCUCCGCCAUCUCAGGGCGUCGAGAAGGGCUUUCUCGUCGACAGCGCGGAGGUUAGACACUUAUGGCUUUAUCGGACUAGGACAGAUGGGUUACCAAAUGGCCAAGAAUCUGCAGUCAAAGCUUUCUACGUCAGACACCGUUCGUCUGUACGACAUCAACCGUGACGUAAUGCAAAGGCUGGCAGGGGAGAUGAAGACGUCUUCAAAAGCAGACACGACAGGCGGGGCGGCGGUUGAGCUGGCCGAGUCUGGCGAGGCUGCCUCGGCCGGAGCGGACACUGUCAUAACCGUGCUACCCGAGCCGAUCCACGUAAAGACAGUCUACAAAGCCAUCAUCGCCUCCCAGUCCCAAGACGGCAACCAAAAGCCAUGCCUCUUCAUCGACUGCUCGACCAUCGACCCCUCCUCCUCCAGGGAGGUGGCCAACGCAGUAGCGGCGGCCGGGUCGACCUUUGCCGACGCGCCCAUGUCGGGAGGCGUGGUCGGGGCCACGGCGGGGACGUUGACCUUUAUGCUGGGCUGCGAGAAGCCGGAGCUGGUCGGGCGCAUCGAGCCGGUGCUGCUCAAGAUGGGCAGGCGGGUGCUGAACUGCGGCGCGCAGGGAACGGGGCUGUCGGCCAAGCUGGCCAACAACUACCUCCUGGCCAUCUCCAACGUGGCCACGGCCGAGGCCAUGAACCUGGGAAUCCGGUGGGGGCUGGACCCAAAGGUCCUGGCAGGCGUCAUCAACGCCUCGACGGGCAAGUGCUGGCCCAGCGAGACCAACAACCCCGUCCCCGGCGUGGUCGACGGCGCGCCGGCGGGUCGGGACUACGCUGGAGGGUUCGGCAUCGCGCUGAUGCGCAAAGACCUGGGGCUGGCCAUCACGGCGGCGCAGGAGGCGGGCGCGAAGCUCGAGCUGGCUGACAGGGCCAAGAAGGUUUACGACGCGGCGGACAAGGAGGAGAGGUGCAAAGGGAGGGACUUUAGUGUCGUUUAUCGCCAUAUAGGGGGCAAGGAAUGAGCUGGAGCCUUUGGCUGAGGUUGUAUCCCUUCAGACUCAUGUAACUGGAAAAGUCAACAAAACCUCUUUGUCCUAUCCUUAUCUGUGCAUGCUUUAUAGCAUGCUGAUUUGGACUAGGGUGUCAGUGAGCGCGUAAUUACAGCCAGGUAUGUGGUGUGUUUCGAGGUUAGUCCAGUCGAUCUACACCGGAUUGUUAAGAGUAGCGAGCCCGUAUGGAGGUAGGUCCAUACAGAAGACAAGAGAUGAGAUGGCUUUGUAAAAUCAAAAGAAAGAACAUUUGUGCCAGCUAUGCAACAAAUGCCACUGCUAAGUGCAAGCUUCAUUUCCCACAUCUCAAAUAACAAAGCAGAAACCAAAUGCAGAAGAAGAAAAACCAAGACAACUUUGUGCUUUCUUUCCGGG